GCGCAUCUGCUGGGUGAAGGGAAGAUCUGUAGACUGCCCGGAAGACUCCGCAUCCAGCCCGCGCUCUGGAGUAAGGAGGACGUGCUGCACUGGCUGCGCUGGGCGGAGCAGGAGUACUCUCUACAACGCACAGGCGAGCACAGAUUCGAGAUGAAUGGCCGCGCCCUCUGCAUCCUCACCAAGGACGACUUCCGGCUCCGCGCGCCUGGUUCAGGUGACGUCCUAUAUGAGUUGCUAAAGUACAUCAAGACUCAGCGGCGGGCCCUGGUGUGUGAGCCCUUUUUUGGAGCGAUCUUCAGGCAACAGAUACCCAUGCAGCAGCUCCCUAGCUCCUUGGAAGGAUGGACUGGACCCUCACAGGUACCUGUGAGGGAUUUCUUGCCACAGCCACCAGACGUGGGACUUGCCAGCUCUUUGAGCCACCUGGAUGUCCCCAGCCUGGCCAGGUGGCCCCUUAGCAGAAAGGAGCCCUUUACCUUAGCUCAGUGUGCAGAGCUAGGCUGCAGAGCUGAGAAGGUCUGUGCCUUUCCCACCAUGCCGCAGGCUCCCAUUGACGGCAGGAUCGCUGAUUGCCGGCUGCUAUGGGAUUACGUGUACCAACUCCUCUCUGACACCAGGUACGAGCCCUACAUCAAGUGGGAAGACAAAGAUGCCAAGAUCUUCCGCGUUGUGGAUCCAAAUGGACUUGCCAGACUGUGGGGAAACCACAAGAACCGGGUGAACAUGACCUAUGAGAAAAUGUCACGGGCCCUACGCCACUAUUAUAAGCUGAACAUCAUUAAGAAGGAACCUGGACAGAAACUCCUGUUCAGGUUUCUGAAGACCCCAGGGAAGGUCAUCCGGGGCAAGGAUAGCUGUCUGGAGCAGCUGGAGAGCCAGGAGCAGGACAGGAUGGAUUUCAAGGACAAGCUGCUGCAGGUCUCUCCGUGA